AUGUUGCCAAAGGCUCUCUCAGCGCUCACGUGGCUCUGCGUUUUCAUCGUGGCCUUUGUCAGCCACUCAGUGUGGCUGCAGAAGCCCCCGAAGCCCAAGACGCCUGCACAGCCCAAGGCAGCUGCCUGCUGCAAGGAGGUGAAGGAGCUCAAGGCCCAGGUCGCCAACUUGAGCAGUCUGCUGGGCAAGCUGAGCGAGAAGCAGGAGCGUGACUGGGUGAGCGUGGUCAUGCAAGUGAUGGAGCUGGAAAGCAACGGCAAGCGCAUGGAGUCUCGGCUCACAGACGCCGAAAGCAAGUACUCGGAGAUGAACAACCAGAUGGACAUCAUGCAGCUGCAGGCGGCGCAGACCCUCACUCAGACCUCGGCAGAUGCCAUCUAUGACUGCUCAUCUCUCUAUCAGAAGAACUACCGCAUCUCCGGGGUAUACAGACUGCCCCCUAAUGACUUCCUGGGCAGCCCAGAGCUGGAGGUGUUCUGUGACAUGGACACAACAGGUGGAGGCUGGACCCUCAUCCAGAGGCGCAAGAGUGGCCUGGUCUCCUUCUACCGCGACUGGAAGCAGUAUAAGCAAGGUUUUGGCAGCAUCCGUGGGGACUUCUGGCUGGGGAAUGAACAUAUCCACCGGCUCUCUAGACAGCCAACCCGGCUUCGUGUGGAAAUGGAGGACUGGGAGGGCACUGUGCGUUAUGCAGAGUACAGCCACUUCGUCCUGAGCAAUGAGCUCAACAGCUAUCGCCUCUUCCUGGGCAACUACAGUGGCAAUGCGGGCAAUGAUGCCCUCUACUAUCAUAACAACACAGCCUUCAGCACCAAGGACAAGGACAACGACAACUGCCUGGACAAGUGUGCACAGCUGCGCAAAGGUGGAUACUGGUACAACUGCUGCACAGACUCCAACCUCAACGGGGUCUACUACCGCCAGGGAGAGCAUGACAAGCACCUGGAUGGCAUCACCUGGUAUGGCUGGCAUGGAGCCAGUUACUCCCUCAAGCGGGUGGAGAUGAAAAUUCGCCCGGAAGACUUUAAGCCUUGA